CACACACAUGCACACGCGAGUACACACAAAUGUGUGUUGUAUUGGAUUUUUUUCUAGACGGAGAACAUUUCGAUUUCUGCAAUUUUCGGGAUUUUAGAAUCGCCCAACGUCGAAUUGAGUUUCGAAAAUGAACGAGGGGAGCCAGUACUCCAUCCACACGGUGUGCCGCACCUGCCUAUCCACACUGGACAAUGCGGUGGCCUACGAUCUGUUCCGAGUGCCCGGUCUGGCCAAAAAGCUGUGCGUGUGCACCUCGUUAUCCGUGGAACAGGCAGACGGCUUUCCUAAGAACCUAUGCACCUUGUGCUUUUCCAAGCUGAACGACCUGCACGACUUCCAGAAGCAGUGCGUAGACUCAGUGCAGAAGUUCCAGGACAUGGUGGCCAGCAACGCCUUCGCCUGCCAAACCAGCUUCGAUGUUCUGGACCCAAGUUCUGCCGUCGCGGACCUGCCCGGCGAGGAGGAGGACAACGUCCACUUUGAUCCGCUGCUCAACUCCAAGAUCGAAAUCAUCGAGAACGAGGAAGAUGUCUUUAAGAUGCUGGAAUCCGUCGAAAAGGAGGUGGAGGAGGUGGAGAUGGAGCUGGAGCAGCCCUUUGGCGACGAAUCGCAGGACGACUCCUUUGAGAGCGGCAACGACAACGACCUGGACGCGGACUUUCAGCUCAACAGCAGCGAUGACGACGUUCCGUUGGCCCAGCGUAGUCGGCGCGGUUCUGGCCGCGGUUCCAAGGCCAAGGCCAAGCUAAAGGCGGUCGCCAAGCGGGAGGAGGAGGAGAUGGACUCCGAGGAUUCUAGCUCUUCGGAGGAUUCGGAUGGCAAUCCCAAAGAUAAGCCCAAGCGUAAGAGGAUUCCCGCAACGGAGCGGGAUCGUCACCGGCUGAUCGACUGCCACAUCUGCCACCAGAAGUUCAAAAAGGCAAUACGCUACGAGGAGCACAUGAAGCACCACAACGACCUGCUACCGUUCCAGUGCACCGUCGAGAGUUGCAGAAAAGGCUUCACCACAGCCAACGGGUUGCGCGUCCACGUGGAACACGCCCACACGGAGACGUCGGCCAUGCAUCCGUGCACAUAUGAAGGCUGCAACAAGUCCUUUGCCCGACCCGUUCUGCUCAGCUUCCACAUGAAACGGGUGCACAAGGUGGACACACCGCAGAGGGACUUCCCCUGCACCGAAUGCGAGAAGGUCUUCCGCUGCCCCACCGCCCUCAAGAAGCAUAUGUACAAGCACACCGGCGAGGAGCUGCCCUUCGCCUGCGAGAUCUGCGGCAAGCGCUUCCCGAUCAACAGUGUGCUGCGCGAUCAUCUGCUUCGGCAUGCAGGCAUAAAGAAUCAUGUGUGUCCCUACUGCGGAGUGGGGAAGACUACACGCCAGGAGUGGAACAAGCACAUCCUGACCCACACCAAGGAAAAGAAGUACGAGUGCCGGCAGUGCGACCACGCCUCCCACAACAAACAGGCGCUGGCCAACCACGUGAAGGUGGUCCACGAAAAGCGCAAGGACUUCGCCUGCCAGUACUGUGGAAAGACUUUUGGGAAGUCGCACGCCUGCAAGAUCCACGAAAGGAGUCACACCGGGGAGAAGUGUUGUGAGUGCAAGAUCUGUGGAAAGGUGUUCCUCUUUGAGAAGGGCCUUACCAAGCAUUUGAAGACGCACGAGAAGAGGGAUCUUCCCAAGACGCAGGGGGCCAAUCCCUUGAUGGGCGACGGUGCCAGUGGUUCUUCGACAAUUGCCAAGCCCAGUCCGCAUCUGCGAGGUCGCGUCGAACGGGUGGACAUUGCCCAGCUAGCGGGAACGGUGGCCAAUCCGAUUCCCUCGGUGAACCUGCCCUCGUGGUCGCCGCAGGUGAAUUUCACCAAGAAGGAGGGCCAGCACAUCUGUCCGGAUUGCGGCAAGGGUUUCAACCAUGUUAGCAACAUGAAACUGCACUAUAAGGUGGUUCACCAAAAGGUUAAGGACUUCUGUUGCCGCUUCUGCCCGAAGAGAUUCGCCAAGAAGCAAUACCUGCGGCACCAUGAGUACAUUCACACUGGAGAGAAGCCGUACGAGUGCAAGGUGUGCGGCAAGCACUUCCGCCAGGAGCAGGUUCUCAAGACGCACAUGAAGGUGCACGACAAGCCGCCACGUCCUCCGGGCAAGCCAAAGGAGCCGACGGGACCGAAGGCGGAGAGCAGUACCACGGUUAAGCGCCAGCAGCCGAAGAACUUCGAGCAGUACCAGGAUCCGGCCGCGGAACGGGCGGCGGCCACUGCUGAGCUGUUGGCCUACCAGAUCGAGGAGAACGAGACCAAGCGCAAGGCGGAGGCGGAACUCCGAAAGAUCCAGGAGGCGGCCUUCGAGCAGCUCAACAAGCUCCAGAAGCAGACGAACACUUACGACGGCUUUUACGCCCAAAAGGCGGAGGCCGAAGGCACUUCGGUGGACGCACUGAAGCUGGAUCAUGUUUGAGCUGACCCUGCAGCUCCCGGAAAUAGCUGAUACCCAACCCGUAUCCGCAUCCGUUUACGGCCCCUUUCAUUAUGUGUUUCUAUGAAGGACAUAUGAGUUAUAGGUCUCUAAGGUUUACCAACUAGUUUUCGUCUUUUUUGCAAGCGUGUUUUUACUUUUUGUAUUUAAAUCUCCCCCCUCUCAGAUGCUUAAGUUUGUACUUUACUAAUUGUAUUCAUUUAUAAAUGACUUUAAUGAUUUAAAUAUAAUAAACAGUAAUAAGCA